GCGAAAAAGGGUGGGCGGUGCUAUCUCCCGCCCAGUCAAUCAUCCGAGUUGCUCAAUUAGAGAUGGAGGUGGCAGACUUGAACCGGUUACAUUGCUUACUAUUGCUAAGUCGGUGUGUUGACCAGUAAUGCAACGUGAACUAACACGGUGGCCGCUCCACGAUGAAUCGAUACGGGGCUGGAUACGCCCUGAAGCCCGCCUGGAUCUUGGCUGUGACCUGCCUGGUUAGUGCCCGCAUUGGCCGCGGAUCUCCUCUGCUGUUCAAUCCUGAGGUGUUUCUGGAAAAAUACGGCUACCUUCAUGACAGCAACCACAUCCACGAUGAAGUUGAGAUGCAGUCAGCCAUCCGGGAAUUCCAGUGGUUGUCUCGUCUACCUGUGACAGGUGAACUCGACAGCGCCACCCUGAGGCAGAUGGCAGAGCCUCGCUGUGGCGUGUCAGAUGAGAGCAGCCAUCAGAUCUGGGCAAAGAGAGUAAACAUCAUCUUCACUGCGAGGAGUUCUUCCCCAACGGCGCUAUGGCGCCGCAGGAAGCGCUCUGCUGGAAAAGCUGACAAGUGGUACAAGCGCCACCUGGCCUACCGCAUCGAGAACUGGCCCGCCCACCUGUCUCUGGGCCCACUGCGACUGGCAGUGAACGCCGCUUUCCAGCUGUGGAGCAACGUGUCCGGUCUGGUGUUCCAGGAGGCCCCCGAAGGGCCCGCAGAUAUCCGGCUGGCCUUUUACGAGGGGGACCACAACGACGGGGCCAGCAAUGCCUUUGAUGGACCAGGGGGCGCUCUGGCUCAUGCCUUCCUGCCUCGCCGAGGGGAAGCCCACUUUGACAUGGCGGAGAGGUGGACGCUAAACGGGCACAAGGGCCAUAACUUGUUCAUGGUGAUGGCCCAUGAGAUCGGACACACGCUGGGGCUGGACCACUCCCCCGUGCGUCACGCUCUCAUGUCGCCCUACUACAGGAAGCUGGGGCGCAGUCUGGUGGUCAGCUGGGACGACAUCAUGGCCGUGCAGCAGCUGUACGGUAAGCCUCCAGGUGAUCGUCCUGUGCGUCUGCCAGGUGAGGUGUUGCACGCUGCUCUACAGGAGUGGGAAUUCAUGGACGUCCUUAAGAGACCACAGAGCAACAGCCUGCCUCUCUACUGCCAGUCCGGAAUGUUUGAUGCCAUCACUGGAGACCAGAACGGUACGAUGGCGGUGUUCCGAGGCAGCGUCUACUGGAGCGUAUCAGCCGACGGUAACGUAAGCGGCCCGUUGUCCCUCCGCCAAAGGUGGUCCGACCUCCCGGUGGCCAUUGAGGCAGCUGCCUUCUCUCCUCCGGACGCCAAGUGGUUCUUCUUUAAAGGGAAGCGAAUGUGGCGCUACUCCGGCCGAGUGCUUGACCCGGGUUUCCCCAAACGGAUCGUCGAGCUGGGGCUACCUCGCCACCCGGACUGUGCCUUCUACUACGCUCCUCUGGGUCACAUGGUAUUAUUCAAGGGGUCUCGCUACUUCGUUCUGAACCUGCAAACCCUCCACCAGGAGCCCUACUACCCCCGCAGGAUUAAAGACUGGACCGGCGUGCCUCAAGGCGCCAACGGGGUCCUGAGUCGUCCGGACGGGCGUCUUUACCUGUUCAGGGAGAAGCAGUACUGGAGGUUUGACCCGUUCAAGGUGCGAGUCACCAAAGUAGGCCAGUGGGUUAAAGAGCUGAGCUGGAUGGGGUGUGGUGGGGGUCCGCCGGGCAAUGACAUCCUUUGACCAGCAGGGGGAGUGCUAACUUGGUGCUAAUACCUUUGCUUUUUCAGACUGCAAUACAUCAAGUAUUUAAAGUAUUUAAAGAGAAGAUGGAGACCAAAAAACGUCACUGUGAUGUAUUUAUCAGCACCAGCGGCCAUCUUACUGAUCAUGGAUCAGUCCCACAGCAAUUUAGAGUUAAUGACUUUUUAUUCAUUUUUCAUCUUUUCUCAUGUGUGUCACAUGAUUAACAUUAGCAGGUUUAACAUCAAAUGUUGCUACUUUUAAACAAAGUCUGGUCUGCAGUGUGAAGAUGGGAAUGCUUCCUAUCUACGUACCAACAUACUCACAAAUAAUUACAUCUAAAUAUACAAACAAAAUAAUAUUUAGACAUAUGAAAGAAGUACUGAAAUACAAGACUAAGUUUACUGCUCUCCUUGCCAAUACUUUAAUAUGUUGUUUCUGUGCAGGCUUGUGUAAAAUUCCCCAAAUUCACUUCCGGUACACGAAUUUUCGACAGAAAUUGCAAACAGAAGAAUUGGAACUUUAAAUUAAAAUUAUAGGCGGCACGGCGGUCGAGUGGUUAGCGCGCAGACCUCACAGAUAGGAGACCAAGGUUCAAUUCCACCCUCGGCCAUCUCUGUGUGGAGUUUGCAUGUUCUCCCCCGUGCAUGUGUGGGUUUUCUCCGGGUACUCCGGUUUCCUCCCACAUUCCAAAAACUAGGUUAAUUCAUUUUCUACCGCUUUUCCUCACGAGGGUCGCGGGGGUGCUGGAGCCUAUCCCAGCUGUCUUCCGGCGAGAGGCGGGGUACACCCUGGACUGGUGGCCAGCCAAUCACAGGGCACAUAUAGACAAACAACCAUUC